AUGUUCAAACGACCAUUAAUAUUCAUUUCGAGCGCGAAGCCGUGUUCCAAAACACCGAUCUUCCAAUCCUCUCGGACAUUCACAUUUCAAGCCCCUCGCUUAGCCAAAUCUUCAGCACGACAAGCCUCAAAAGCACUACCAAGCACAAAACCAGCAAACAAAAAGCUAGCUAGCCAGCAACCUUCCCGCAAAAAUGUCACAGAUAUCAGAUUUAUCGGUCGAAAAUCGGCAAGCCUGGCCGAGCUUGAUCGAAAAGUAGCCCAAAAACGCGAGGUUACCCUAUUCAAAUCUGCAUCGCAACGCUCCUACGUCACCGGCGCAUACGGUAUCGCCGCGUUUGCAUUCGGAUAUGCCGUUAUCAAUUCCUCGCUUGAUUACCAGGAUACACGAGCCAAUCUAGCCUAUUGGCAAAGGAGUCUCAAUAUUGGUGUUUGCAUCGUGAUGAGCGUUAUGGGCGCAGUGUUCAUAUCGAGGACAUCAAGACUUGUCAGGGAUAUAACUGCAGUGGACGUAAAGGGCCAGACUAUUCUCCGAGUCAGAGUGCGCUCCAUGGUGCCCUUUCGAAAACCAUAUACAGUCACGGUUGCGCCAAAUCAGAUGAUCUUCAACCAACGACUCGUCGCGGGUUCUCCUUUGCCCCAGGCUCGAGAUAUUGACAUCUCGUUCUUCAAGAAUCCCUUGAAAUGGAUCAAUUUUAGCCUUUUCAAGACUUUUAUAUCUAUUCGCCGGAUUUUCACGCAGGAGGAUUUCAUCAUGAUGGAGAUGCAGGGUCAAACGGGUGCAUACCGGGUGGGAAUUGAUGGCUAUGUUUCCGAUGAUUUGCUUGCCAUUGCCAGUCCUACAGGACAGCAAUGA